UCACGUGUCCGGAGGCGGAAGUGCGGGGGCGCACCGGGGCCGGGCAGGGGCUGAAGGGAGCCGACCCAGGAGCCGGGACCUUGCGGGCUCAGGGGGCAAAGGCACAGCCGGGGCUUGGAUGAGCAACCUGGCUGACGUGGAGUCGUUGCCGAGCAAACGAUGCUUGCCCGCGGCAGACAGAUGUUUGUUGGCUUCUCAGGCUACUGGAAGCCUUUUUUCAGAGGCCGGUUCCUUCUAGUUACAAAUACUGUGAGCUGUGGGGCUCUCCUGGCGACUGGCGACACCCUCCAGCAGACAUGGGAAAUGAGGAAGGACCCGGCGCGGAAGCGGGAGCUGGGCCGUACAGCUCGGAUGUUUGCUAUUGGCUGCAGCAUGGGCCCGUUCAUGCAUUACUGGUAUCUCUGGUUAGACAGAGCAUUUCCUGCAAGUGGAUUAAAAGGAAUUAAAAUUGUCCUGAAGAAAGUCUUCAUUGAUCAGAUCGUAGCAUCUCCGGCCUUAGGAAUCUGGUAUUUUCUGGGGAUGGGGUCCCUGGAGGGGCAGACGCUGGAGGAAAGCUGGGAGGAGCUGAGAGAGAAGUUCUGGGAAUUUUACAAGGCAGACUGGUGCGUCUGGCCAGCAGCUCAGGUGAUUAACUUCCUGUUCCUUCCUCCCACGUAUCGGGUGAUUUAUGUGAACGUGGUGACCUUGGGCUGGGACACGUACCUUGCCUACCUCAAACACAGGCACAAGCAGCCACUCGGUGCCGAAGCUGAGCUGAAGAGCAGCAUUCAGCAUCACCGCACUGGGGGCUGACAAGCUGUUUGCAAGGACUGCUGCUCUGGUUCCAUCUGUUCCUGUGAGAUGCCAAUCAAGUGCCAAUUCCAGAUUCGUUCCUGGGGGAGGGAGCUGGCUCCCAUGCAGCCCAGAAAAAAUAUCCUGCUCAAGUGAACAAAAUGCUUCCUGGAGACAAAUGACUACCAUUGUCCUGUGGCCGACCCAGCCAGCUGGGUGUGGAAGAGAAACAUGAGGGGGUCUCUCUCUGAGUUAGCAUUUAACUUCCUAGCCACAAACCCAGUGACUUUAAAAUGAAGAAUCAUGUGUCAACAGGCUGCGUAACAUGACUGAGUUUCUUAUUCCUCCACUGACUUCUGGGGAAGCGGGGCAGGUGCGGCACGUUACUGUUUGCCACUAAGUGAGCCAUGAUCCUUAAAAUAAUCCCAUGACUUGGAACCAAUUUAAUUUAUUCUCACUGUGUCUGAAAACUGUAUUUUGCUAGAAAUGGUGAUGUGCCAAAACGUCACUUAAAAAAAAAUUAUAUGAGACCUUAAUGACGUAGCUUGUCUUUAGAAGCAGUAACUGCACCCCAGCGUGGGAAUUUAAAGCUCACCCUCUAGGAAGUGGGGGCUGCUCACUUAUAACUGGAGCUAUGGGGUUGGUCUUCCUUGCAGCCAGGCUGAGUGGCUGCAAACACUGAUCUAAGCUCAGGCUUGAGCGGGGAGCCUGGAUCAGUCAGACCCAGCUUUGUAGAAAGAGCCCCCAGUCCAGGCUUAAGAGAAAACAGCAGCAGAGUAGAUGGGGUCCCUUCCCGUCA